CAGAUAUUGAAUUACUUGGUUUUUUUUCUCUGAACUGCAGCAGUGUUUUGAGAACGAUCUACAAAUUCAGUUGUGUUUCAUUCCUAAACCGAUCAUCGCCCUGUAGUGUACAGCCGCCCGCCUGUCCUCUCACCGAGGCCGGAUGGUAAAAUCUAACCUCCAGCGAAUCUUAAAUAGUCAUUGCUUUGCCCGAGAGAAAGAAGGAAAACAACAAUAUCAUCACUCCAUGGCUUCUUUAAGGAACAGUAGUAUUUGUGACAUGAUGGACAACUUGUCUGUUCGCUGUACCAGUACCUGCGGUCCGGGGCCUCUGUGGUGCUCCGAUGUCCCUCUCCCACCACUGAAGAUCCCAGGUGGGCGAGGAAAUGGUCAGAGGGAUCACACUCUUUCAGCUCGACUGCUGUAUUCGGAUAACAAGCUGACUGUCACCGAGGAGUCUGAUGUGAAUGGAAGGCCCAGGAUACUCCAUUUCCAGACCAGACCAACUGACAACAAGGUUAUCAAGUGGGAUGCGGUACUGAACAACAAUAAUCUGUACAUUGAAAUCCCCUGCGCUGUGUUACCUGAAGGCAGCAAAGAAAGUUUUGCAGCUCUCCUGGAGUGUGCUGAAGAACACCUGAACGUACUCAAUGUUUUUGUUUGUUUUUACAAGAACACAGAUGCUCGAGCAACACUACUUCGGACCUUCAGCUUUCUUGGCUUUGAGAUUGUGAAACCAGGCCAUUCCCUCGUCCCCCAAAGGCCAGAUGUGUUCUUUAUGGCUUACACCAUUGAUGGCGACUCAUCUGAUGAAGAAUGAAGAAAAUAAUAAUAAUAAUAAUAAUAAUAAAUGGGUUCGUUGACAGUUUGUGACCCAAAUGCUUAUUGCCUUUUGUGCUUUUGUGUUUAAUGACGUCUUGUUUUUAGAUUAUUAAUGAUACCAGUUUUGUUUUUUGAUUUAUUUUUGGUUAAAAAGCAAGUAUGGAGGAAACAUUUUUUUGUUUGUCAUUUAAGUAAUGAACAUAUCAUCAAAGAAGUUUGUGGAUGUUUUGCAUCACAGUUACCACUACUGCAAUUCACUUUAAAUGGAAGGGAAUAGUUUCUUGAAUACUGUUGAUUUUAAAAAUAAAUGUUAAGGGAUCAGAGAGGGUAUUGUAACUAUUUUAUAGUUAAAACAGCAGCCAAAUCUAAAUAAAAUGUAUUUUUUCCCUCAAGGUAAUUUACUAACCCCCUUCAUUACAGUUUUAGGGUGGUGGUAUUAAGAUUGAUUACUUUUUAGAUCAUUAAAAUUGACCCUUAGUUAUUUUAAAUAGGUGUAGUAAUCUAUAUGUUUAAUGGGUUUUCAUGUUCAGGUUUAAAAGAAGAAAAAUGUCUACAUUACCUUAGUCUUUAACCUCUCUCUAAAAGUUCCUAAAAUAUCUUUAAAUUAACUUGUUUGUGUAGUGGUAGAUUGAUAUCAGUACUAUGAACAUACAGGGAUUUGAAUUGAAGUUUGUGUCUCGUUAUUGAGAAUCAUGUUCAUCCAAUUGUGAACCAAAAUACAAGACAAACUAUGCUAGAAUGCAAGUGUGUGUGUGUGUGUGCUGUGUAUGCUAAAAUGAAGGUCUUUGUCUGCUUAAGUUAAGAAUUUAUAUUUUAAGGUAUGGGAUUUCCUAGGAGAUAUAAUUAUGAUUUUCUUGGAUGAUUUGAUAUUCAUAGUGGUAGCAUUCUUUAUGAAUUUCUGCAUGCUGUAUUCAACAGAUGAAAAAUGGGAUUGUCAUUUAUUGUCUUUUUUAAAGUAAUAGGAUUCACCUGCUUAGUGGCAACUUUAUUCAUGUGUUUCUGUGCUAAAUAAUAAAAAUACAAUUAAAACUCA